CAAUGUGGUUCUUGGCAUUGCUGGCUUGCAUAGCAGUAACAACGCUGAUCACCAUUCAUAUGGUGCACAUCCUGCACAAACACAGCCGAAAGAGAGUUUCUUCUCCUCAUCCGCCCGGCCCUGCCGGCCACCCCAUCCUCGGCAACUUGCUCUAUGUCAUCGGCCCGCUCCGCAACAACCCACACACCACACUCGCCUCCCUCGCUCAAACCUAUGGACCCAUCUUGUCCCUCCGCCUUGGUCUGACCCGCACCAUCGUCGUGGUGUCAUCCGCCGCUGCGGCUCACGAGGCCCUUGCCAAGAAUGACACAGCGCUCGCGUCCCGGCUUGUGCCAGACACCGUCCGCGCCAUGUCGUAUGGCACGACGUCCAUGGUCUUCCUUCCAAGCUCCAACCCACUGUGGAAGCAGGACCGUGCCAUCAUGGGCGCCCACUUCUCAUCCAGUCGGGGCUUGGACACGAUCCGGCCCAUCUUGGAAUGCCAUGCAGGGUGUCUCACCGAGUACUUGAGGGCAUGCUCUCGCACCGGCAUGCCGGUCAUAAUCAGGGAGGCCGUGAACCGCACGGUCCUCAAUGUCAUAUCCAACAUCCUCUUCUCUGAGGAUGUGGUGGACUUGCACGCGCCGGGGGCCCAACCUUUCAGGGGACUUGUAGUGCCGGUUCUAGAGGAGUGGUCAAAAUCGAACGUCUCUGACGCCUUCCCAUGGCUCGCACAGAUUGACCACCUCCUCGGCUCGCGCCGCCGCAUCUCCAUACAUCUCGCCAAACUGUUCAACUUCUUUGACCAACAGAUCGUUCAACGCCAGUUAGCAAGAAAUGGCACUAGCACUAAUGGCAGUGAGAAAAACAACGACGUGCUGGACGUUCUCCUCGCGCGACACGCCAUGUCCAAGCUCACUCGGCAAGAAAUCAUCACGUUCCUAACAGAUAUGUUCAUCGCCGCAAGUGACACGAGCACGGUUACUGUGCAGUGGGCUAUGGCGCAGCUACUGCGCCACCCAGAGAAGAUGAAGAACGUGCGUAACGAGCUCGCAGCAUGCCUUGGAGUUACAUCCAGUGACUUUGUCAAGGAGAGCGACCUCGACAACCUUCCCUACCUCCAUGCCGUGGUGAAGGAGACGCUGCGGCUGCACCCAGCAGUACCAUUGAUACCACGGGAGGUGGCUGCCGACGGAGUGUCACUCGGUGGCUUCCCCAUCCCUAUCGGAACAGGGGUCGUGGUCAACUUGUGGGCAAUCGGAAGGGACCCUACGGUAUGGCCUCAACCUAACAAGUUUGUGCCUGAAAGGUUCUUGGCUGCAGGUGCAGGCGAGACCGUGCACUUUCAGGGCAAGGACGGCUCUAUCUAUAGGCCAUUUGGCGCUGGCCGGAGGGUGUGCCCUGGAAUGGACUACGCUCUGCGAUCAGUGCCUCUGCUGCUAGCCUCACUUGUCCACAAAACGGAAUGGAGACUACCUGAUGGCAUGGCACCCGAGGAUAUUGACCUCAAGGACCGCUAUGGCACUGUGCUGAAUCUUGCUACGCCACUACGUGCCGUGCCAGUGUCCACCGUGUGACGUGGAUGGUUGCUCCAACAACAUUAUCUGCCGACAUAUAUAUUUCCUAUAUAUCAAUAAUCUUGCGGACUUGUUUAAUUAUUGAGAUGCUAUUAUCUGCCGACAUAUUUAUUUUGAGAAAACAUGUAAUCUCUCCUAUACUAUUCCUAAAUUAUCUCUAGUAGAGGCUUCUACCCUUUAAGUCUUGUAA